CUUUUUUAUUUUCUAAUUUAUUUUUGUGAUCAAGAAAAUCAUAAGGUGUAAAUUAGUAAUUGCAGAAAUAUUCGCAUGCUCUCCAUAAAAAGUAUGAAACAAGACACAGCACUGUCAAGUGUCUCUUCAUAUGCACUGACCAUUUUUAUUCCAUUCUCACAUACAGCGAUACACCCAACAUCUAAAAGAAAAUAAAAUAAAAUAAAAAAGAAAAAAAAGAAAUCGCACAUGAUAAUUCUCAGAGUAGAGUCGGGAGUCAGCAAAAUUCAAACCCAACCAUUCAUUUAUUUCAAAUCCCAAAAAACCUUUUUGUUGUUUUCUUCUUCUCUGAAUAAAAUUCCUUGGAUCCACCACAUAUAUUUUUCAACUGUUUGUUUGUGGGCUGAGAAGGUUUAAUUUUAUUUUAUGGCGGAUACACAGAGCGACAUCGAGAGAAGGGAGAACGGCGAGGUGAGCCGGCGGGAAAUUAAAGCCGCCAUUGGCAAGGCCGUUGAGCUCAGAGCUCUUCACGCGGCGUUAAUGGCGGGGGACUUCACAGCCGCUUCCCCUUUUUCUCGUCAUGCCCGUAACUUAUCUGCUCAGGACUACCCAGUUUUCACCCCUAGUUAUACCGAUGAACCACCAUUACCAGGAUACCAGCAAGUCCUCACGGAAGACUCCGAAAGUUGGGCCGACGAAGAAAAUUUUUCAAUCGGUCACAAGAUUACGGGCUUUGAUACCCACAUAUGCCAAGCUUGGGAACAAAAGCCCAAAGCCCGCAACAAAAACCCAAGAUCCCGGCUGAACAGCAUGGAUGACGUCCAAUCAGUAUCAUCAUCAUGCAACAAAUGCCGGCCCGCAACCAUUAGCAGUGAGCCCGACGGGCCCACAAAGGCGAUCAAAAAGCCCAACAUCAUCGUGCCACUCACCGACUCACACCUGUCCCUCAACUCGAAACCGAGAAGCAAAAACGCUGUUUUGUCGUGGCUCUUUCCGAGGCUAAAGAAGAAGAACAAGAACGUGGGCUCGAUUAAUUCGCCAGCUCGAACCCAGGCACCCGAUGAAAUUUCUCAAAUGCUAAAUGAUUUGGGAAUUGUGUCUGUCGAAAAUUUGAAGAGGGAAUUGAUUGAGGCGAACGAGAGCCGGGAUGCGGCCUUGGGUGAAGUCAAAAAAUCACACCCCGCCAAUGAAAAACCCACGAAUCCACUGAGAAGACGAAACCCGAACGACAGACCACUCGAAAAUCCCAUCUUGCCCGUGGACGAGCAAGUAAUGGUCGAAGGCUUCCUGCAAAUAGUAUCCGAGUCGAGACUAUCCGUAAAACAAUUCUGCAAGACUCUAACUGCCCAAAUCGACCAUAAUCACGACCCCUCCCUAGUCGAAAACCUCAACUCCAUCCUUCAACCUUACAACCUCUCACUCGACUCCAAAUACUCGAGAACAGUUUCGUACCACAUAGAGGCUUUCAUCAACCAAUCACUCUACCAAGACUUCGAAAACCGAGUUUUCCGGAAAAACGGGGCCCCCAAGCUUCUGGACCCUUCCCAAGACCGGCAAGCUCGAUUCCAGUCAUUUGUGGACUUGAGGAAUUUGAGCUGGGACGAGGUCUUGAGGAAGGGGACAAAAUUCUAUAGCGACGAGUUUAGCAAAUUUUGUGAUGAGAAGAUGAGUGGUGUGGUUAAGGGGUUGGGGUGCACUAGGCCGUGGGCGGAGCAGCUGCUCCAGGCGUUUUUUGUGGCGGCAAAGUGCGUGUGGCUGUUGCAUUUGCUCGCCUUCUCGUUUAGGGAGCCAUUGGGUAUUUUGAGAGUGGAUGAGAAUGCGGUUUUUGAGGGAAGGUAUAUGGAGGAUGUUUUUGCCGAGAGGCAGAGGUCUGAGGGGCAUUGCCGGAUCAAGGUUAUGGUGAUGCCGGGUUUUUAUGUGUUGGAUAGUGUGGUUAAGUGUAAGGUUCUGUGCAGAUAUAAGCCUCUGUCUUAAAUUUACAAGUUGUGGAGUAAUUUUUCCUAAUUUCUUUAUCUCAUUUUUUUUAAUACUAUUAUGUGAUUAACAAGCUAAGGUUUUUUUGAGUUUUACAAAAAUUGGCCCUUUGAGUUGGAUAGUGAUGGGAUGGGAUCUAUGUUCAAGUAUUUUAAUUUGAGAGUGCAGUGUGUAGUAUUUUUAAGUUUUUGUAGCAAGUCUGUUAUAAUUUGAAAAGUAGUUAAAUGUCAAGUUGAUAGAGUUUUUAUUGGGGCAAACAAUCACACACAUUCAUAUUGAAUGAUUCAUAAAAGCCGUUUUGAAUAAAUGCAGAGAUGCUAAAAAUUGGAUGCCGAUUUGAUUCCAUUGUUUGAGAAAUUCCAGGGGUUUAUCGGGGAUUUAUGUGCAUGCCAACAGCGUGAUAUCAACAAC